AUGGCUGACGUAGAUAAAGGGACAGACGGCCCAGAGCCAUACUCGUCGGCGGGCUUCGACUUCACCCUGCUACCGGACUACGACAACGACUUUGUCCAGGAAGAGCACUUUGUCGAAUUCGAGAAGGCCUUGGCCGCGCCCGAAAACUCUCCCUCGACCGAAGACCUCACAGCGCCGCCGCCCGAGCGAACCUUCAUCUCCGCCCUCAACGACUGGCGCCCCGUCCACCAGCGCGUCAAGCGGCGCAAGAAGAGCAAAGCGCCCCCGCGACGCGGCAAGGAUGAGACGCGCGAAGGCUUCGUCUACGUACUUCUCAAGUGGCCACUACUGCUAGUGGUGUUGGGCUGGCUGCUGUUCCUGAGCAUAGCCUACGUCUUCACUCGCCUGUACAUCUACCUGUACGAACACUGGAUAACAUGGCGAGGCACACGCCAGAGACUAAGACAGCGACUGAACGACGCGAGAUCGUAUGAGGAGUGGAUAGAGGGGGCAAAGGAGCUGGACGCAUACCUGGGCAACGAAUCAUGGAAGGAGAAGGCUGACUACGCAUACUAUGACAGCAAGACCAUCGCAAGAGUACAUCAACAGAUGGUCAAACUACGCGAGAAAGCCGAAGCAGAGGAAAGGGCUGGAUCAGGAUCAAACGCCUCCAAAGGCCAACACACUGCUGUUGAGGACCUCCGCGCGCUCUUGGAAGCUUCGAUGAAGAACAACUUCGUAGGAUUUGAAAACCCGCGAUUGUACAGCGAAACUUACUACGGAACGAAAGAUCUCGUUCAGAAGUUCGUCGACGAAGCCGAGACAUCGCUCGCUUUCCUCUUGCGGACCAACCAGCUCGAUGCAGAGAACAAGCGCGCCCUGUUCAAACACCUCGGCAGCAACUUCGGUCGCACUGCACUAUGUCUGUCCGGAGGAGCGACCUUUGCAUACUACCACUUUGGUGUGGCCAAAGCUCUGAUGGAUGCCGAACUGCUGCCAGAGGUCAUCACGGGUACAUCUGGAGGAGCGCUCGUGGCUGCACUGCUAUGCACAAGGACCGACGAAGAGCUAAAGAAGCUGCUCGUACCAGCUCUGGCUCAUCGAAUUACAGCAUGUCACGAAGGCAUCCUCACUUGGUCAAAGAGAUGGUACAAGACAGGAGCGAGAUUCGACAGCGUCGACUGGGCAAAGAAAUGUGCUUGGAUGACCCGUGGCAGUUUGACCUUCAAGGAGGCAUACCAGAGGACCGGGCGCAUACUGAACGUCUCAUGUGUGCCCUCAGACCCACACUCGCCCACUAUCUUAGCCAACUACAUCACAGCCCCAGACUGCGUCGUCUGGUCAGCAGUCCUGGCAUCUGCUGCCGUUCCGGGCAUACUCAAUCCGGUGGUAUUGAUGAAGAAGAACAAGGACGGCAGUCUUUCGCCCUACUCUUUUGGACAUAAGUGGAAAGACGGCAGUUUGCGAACGGACAUUCCACUCAAGGCACUGAAUCUCCACUUCAAUGUUCGAUUCUCGAUCGUAAGCCAGGUUAACCCCCACAUUAACAUCUUCUUCUUUUCGUCCCGCGGAUCGGUCGGUCGACCUGUCACUCAUCGGCGAGGACGCGGCUGGAGAGGUGGCUUCUUAGGCUCGGCCACAGAGCAAUACCUUAAACUUGACCUCAAUAAAUGGCUCAAGGUGCUUCGGCAUCUCGAAUUGUUGCCUCGCCCGCUCGGCCAAGACUGGAGUGAGCUUUGGCUGCAGCGCUUCAGCGGCACUAUAACCAUCUGGCCCAAAUCCAUACCUUCAGACUUUGUUUAUAUACUUACUGACCCCACGCCGCAACGAUUAGCACGCAUGAUACACGUUGGUCAACAAUCAGCUUUCCCCAAACUGAAAUUUAUUGCGAACCGCGCAAAAUUAGAAUACGCUAUUCAAGAAGGGAGGCGAAAGUUCAGACCUCGUGGUGCACGCGAUGACGAUAUAGUUAACGCUUUGAGCGAGGAAGACCUCCGCAGCUUGCUGAAGCGCACAAGAAGCGAUGGUCCGGAGGAUGGUGCUCUGUACCCAGCAUCGGGAUCAGAGUCCUCGUCGACAGCAGAACCAUCGCGACCUGGUUCGCCCGUGAAUCUUCCUCUCGGCUUCACGUUCGCUCGCAAGAAGAAGAAUGCGCCGGCUGAACUGGCAGUCACAGAUGACAAACUAGACGUUCCUGAUAGUCCGUCACUGGGGAAACGAUUGAGCGGAUGGUGGUCCGCCAUGUCACCUCAAGCUACAACACACUCUACAGAGCUCAAGUCUCGCCCACGCGAUCCGCGAUAUACUCACGACCGUCCGAAUUCGAUGUUCGAAUUCAGACCAUCCGGCGACAUGAUAGGCAUUCCCAAAGGAAGAAAGCAGAGCGAGGUUUUCGACGACUCGGACAACGCAGACGAAUCUCAGGACACUUCUAGACGCAGACAGCAGCACAAGGGGGGCGCAUUUGGUGACACGGAUGCCGGUAUGGAAGACGCUGACGACCAUGGCGAGGCAGCAGAUUUUGGCGAUGAUGAAAGAGAUCAAGAUGAAGUGCAGAAUGUUGGAGUAGGACUUGGUCUUGAGGGACAAGCCUUGUAG